AUACUGUGUUGUUUUUGCAGGACUGGUUAAGUAGAUAUGGUUACCUUCCUCCUCCUGACCCACGUACUAGUAGACUGCAGACCAAGGAGGGCCUUGAGGAAGCCAUAAGGACCAUGCAGAGAUUUGGAGGGAUCAAGGAAACAGGGGUGCUCGACAGCAAGACAAUCAAAUUAAUGUCCACACCAAGAUGCUCUUUACCUGAUAUUGUGGGCGGAGAGGAUAUGCUUAAAAGGAAAAGGAGAAGGAGGAAACGAUAUGCUUUGUCAGGCUUGAAGUGGCACAAGACAGAACUUACAUGGAGUGUCCACAGCUACCCCUCCAUCUCUCCAGGCCUUGAUCAUGAUCUGGUGGACAGUAUCUUGUCUCACGCCUUCAAAAUGUGGAGUAAUGCAGCACCCCUAAGUUUCUAUCGGCAGGUUGCUGACAGUGAAGGCAAUUUUUCUGAAGGCGACAUCAGGAUCUCCUUUGCUAGUUUGCUGCAUGACGAUGGAUACCCGUUUGAUGGGCAGGGUGGCACGCUGGCCCAUGCCUUUUUCCCAGGCAAGGAUGUAGUAGCUGGGGACACACACUUUGAUGACCAUGAGAUCUGGAGCUAUGGAGGAGACAGCAGCAACACGGACUUGUUCACAGUUGCAGUGCAUGAGUUUGGCCAUGCUUUGGGUCUGUCCCAUUCCUCCACUUAUCCUUCCAUCAUGAUACCGUACUACCAGGGUGCUGUUGAGGACAUUCCAAACUUCCAGCUGAGCUUGGACGACAAACUUGCAAUCCAACAGCUCUAUGGUGUGAAGCAAAGUAAACAGCCCGAUGUUUUGAAUCCUAAACUUCCCCGAUUCCCAAGUCCUUCUCCUCCGAAGCCAACUCAGCUGUCUGAGCCCUCCUUCCCGCAGCGCUGUCAGGGAAGUUUUGAUGCAGUGGCAAAUAUAAGAGGCGAGGUUUUCUUCUUUAAAGGUGAAAAUUUCUGGAGAACUCAGAGAAGUGGCUCUUUAAUGUCCCUUAAGCCAGCUCUGAUCAAGAACUUUUGGAUUGGACUCCCCCCCGGAAUACAUAAGGUUGACGCAGUGUAUGAGAGGAAGAGUGACAACAGCAUCGUCUUCUUCAUUGGGUCAAAGUACUGGGUUUUCAAGGACACAGUUGCCAUGGAUGAUUACCCUCGUCCUCUUUCUGACUGGAGCAUGAAAAGAAAGAGCGGUGCACCAGUGGACAGGGUAGACGCAGCCUUUACCUGGGCCCAUAAUGGCAAGACCUAUUUGUUCAGUGAAGGGGAGUUCUGGAGGUUUGAUGAAAGCCAAAAUGGGGGAAAGACAUCCAAGAAACCAGAUACAGGCUACCCACGAGACAACAGUCUCUGGGCAGGGGUGCCCUCUGAUAUGGAUGACGUCAUAAGCUGGGGAGAAGGGGAUGCCUAUUUCUUCAAGGACAAUCUCUACUGGGUAUUAAAGAAUGGAGGACUAAAUCAAGAUGUUGUGAGUCCUAAAUCCAUUGCUGUAGACUGGCUCAGAUGUACCGUGACUCCUUCAGCAUCAACGCCGGCCAGCCCUCACUUUCCAAAAACAUGCAGUUGUGACAUAAGAGGUUCAUCUUCUGUUGUGCAAAGCAGCUGGAUGCUACUACUGUUUCUUUUACUUGUUAUUGAUGAGGUUUUUUGUUCACACAGAUAAUGCGACUUUGCUACUCUUCAUUGCCUGAACACAACAGAGAAGUGUUAUUCUUUUUUCAGAUCAACUUAUAUAUAGAAGUGCUAACAAGUUGGCAAGCCUAUUUUAAACUGCUCAAAGGCAUUGGUGACACAAUUUAAUACAAGGACACCAUCAUUUUAACAAACAAUUUUUUUAUUAGGAAAUUUAAUCUUGGAAAAAAAAUACAAACAAUGAAUUCAAAACAACUGUGAAACUGGUCUCUGUGAAACAUUUAAAUAUAUAUGUUUAUGUUUUAUAUUUAAAGAUUUACAGUGACUUAACAAUGCCUAUAAAAAGAACAUACAUUAACUCUUUAUUUAUAAUAAAAUAUUAUGUUAAACUGUACUUUAAAAUGCUAAUAUGUGUGGUCUUGUGUUUUUGAUACAAGGAAUCAAUCCAAGUACUCUGACCUAGUCCGACUCACCACACAAUAGUGACCUUGAUUCAUUUCAACAUAAGUUUGAAAAGAACAUUCUGUGUGCCCAGCCCAUUACUCAAAUAAACAAAGUUCUUGUGUUCAUCCGCAAAAGGGAGUUGGAAGAAAUUUCAGUUUACUUUGACUUACUGUAUAUUCUAUCAGCCCCCAUAUACUGUACAUAUACACACAUACAGUAUGUAACGCCUGAUCUCUCAUCUCCCACACAGGCAAGAUGCAAGAGGAAAUAAUGUAACGCUUGUGAAAACAAAAAAGCUUGUAAGCCUAGUUUUAGUGACAGUCCUGCUAAGCUCCAGUUCCAGUGACAGUUUUUGGUUUUGCCAUCACAGUUGCGUUUUGCAGAGGUUGGACUUUAUUAUACUCUGCAUGGUUCCCCUUGAAAUGCCUUGAAAACAUAUUGUUACACAGGUUUACCGGUAUGUUCGGUACCCGUGUAUUUGUACCUAACGACCAAACAAUUUGGGACAAAUGCCUGUACAGUUACAGCCCUAAUAUUUAAAUAUUAAUCCAUUUACUUACAGUUCACAUAUAAUUACUUUUGGAAACUUUGAGUAGCAAGUUGAAUGUCACAUUUGCUUCAUUGCAGGCAAGGUUUUUUGCAUUAGGCCCCGAUAUUCGUUGCUCACAAGUUUUUAUUCACUUUUGGAAUAAAAAUAAUUCUCAGUGAUGACAGUUAUUUUGUAUUAAUGAAUUUAAAUUGUUUGUUUUUGUUUUGCUAUUUGUUCAAUUUUUUGAAAAAUAAAGUUCUCAUUAAAAAAGAGAAAUGAAUCUUGUCAAAAAUAAAAUCUGUAUAAUACAUGAAGAAUAGAAUGGAAUGGAAAUGGAAAGUGAACUCCUUGUCAUUGUGACAUUGUGACACACACCACUGCACACAAUGAAAUUUGACCUCUGCAUUUAACCUAUCAACAAAGUGAACAGUAGGCAGCUUUGUGAGCGCCCGGGGAGCAGUGUGUGGGGACGGUGCCAUGCUCAGAGCACCUCAGUAGUAACUUGGCACAUAGUGGAUUCGAACCUUCCGGACCCAAAUCCCUUCCUUAACCACUAAACCACCACUGCCCCGUGUGAAUAUAUAUGUGACUGUAUUGCAGUCUGAUUGGACUCCAGGUCAACAUGGGUUGCAAGACUGUUCUUAAUUUUGAUUUAUUCAAUUUAAUAAAAUUGAAUUGCCAUAAUUUCAGACUUUUUUGAU